AUGAGGAAUACCUUGCACCAUCAUCUAAUUUUAGUAUAUUUUUAUCGGAUAAAUAUCGACAUGGCUGAGAACGCUGCUAACGCUAUGGAUGAUCAUGGUGAUGAUGAUUUUCAAACCGGUGAUGCUGGAGCGUCGUCCACUUAUCCACAGCAGUGCUCAGCUUUACGUAAAAAUGGCUACGUCAUGUUAAAAAGUCGUCCGUGUAAAAUUAUGGAAAUGUCAACAUCAAAAACAGGCAAACAUGGACAUGCUAAAGUUCAUCUUAUUGGUAUUGAUAUUUUUACAGGCAAAAGAUAUGAAGAUAUCUGUCCAUCAACCCAUAAUAUGGACGUACCGAAUGUUAAACGCGUUGAAUAUUCAGUCAUCGAUAUCGAUAAUGACGGUUACGUUUCGCUUAUGGAUGACAGUUCCGACACUCGUAGCGACAUUAAAUUACCCGAAGGUGAUUUAGGUCAAGAAAUUCGAACCAAAUUCGAGAAUGGUGAUGGAGUGAAAGUCACCGUGCUUCAAGCACUUGGCGAAGAAGCCAUAAUUACUUGCAAACUUGAAAAUGACCCAAAAAAAUAA